CAAAAACCAGCUCACCGAAAAGACUCGAGUCGUGCUUAAGCCCAUCAGCAAUCGCUCGUGUCUAGUCCUGUUAGCAAGUAGUGCUUGUACGAGUACGUCUUCGUAUCCCCGUGCUGUCGAUCAAUAAGUUCAUGUAAGGAAAUGUAAGGAUUGCUUGUUGGUUGUACAGGUCGUCGUUCAAUUGAGAGGUUUCAUUUGACAGCUCGCCGCCUGGGGAGUUCGAUCUUUACCUCUGCCGUGGCGAUGACGGCGACACAAGAAGCGGACAUGUCUCGACGUAGUAUGAGGCUAGUCUUAGGAGGAUACUACAACCAUUCGUCCGAGGAUGAAGAGUCCUCUUCGGUGUCCUACAGGGAGAGUCCUGUAAGGGUUUUUUCCAAGAGGAAGACGGCGGGUCGUAAAGGGGCCUCCUCUCGCAGCUCCAGCCGAGCGAACAGUGUUGCUAGCACCUGUAGCGUCUCUAGCAGCAAGGCUAGCACGCUGGAUCCACCCGUCAAUGCUCAAGGCUACAAUGGUUUUUCAAGCUUGGUCCACAGAAAGACCUGCCAGGAAGCUCCCCGAGAGGCUCCAACCCUGACGCCGGCCCCCAGUCUAAGCCCAAGUACUAACUCUUUGAGCUUCACCUCUAGCCAGACCAGCCAAGUCCAGAGAUCGAGCGCUGCUGUGGACAGCUCUGGUUACUCCUCCUCUGAGGCGAUACAUUACAAAGGGUAUUCUGGACACUCCUCCUCAGGUGGACAACGGGUUACCGCAAACCACAGCACAGGCCCCAGCAAAAGAUGGGUAUUUACCAGCACCAGUCUGAUAGCCCCUCCAUUUAAACCAGCUGCUGUGGUGAAGGCUAUUUUAGCUGCCCUCCUCCUCAUCCUUUUGAUCUUUGCCUGCUGUCGUCUUGCCUCCUUGGUAUGGUCCGUGCCUACUGAAUCAAAGACCCUGAAUCAACCUAUCAUCGCCUCAACUCCGCCACCUGCCUUCACUCCUCCUUCCAAGGCUAUGGACAAGACUUCUGUGUUCGAUGCUGUGCUGGUGGCCAAGAUAAAAAACAUCCUGAGUGAAGAAAUGCUUGAGAAACAAGCCCACCAGCAGGAGUAUGUUACAGAGAUUGUUGAGAGGCUGCAGAUGGAAUUGAGGGACGUGAGGUCAGAUGUGAGGGAUGUGAAAAUGAGACUGGAUAGCGUGGAUCCGUCAUAUUGGGAGCGUAGUUUGAGCAAGCAAGAAGCCGGCUUCACCAAACAGAUGGACGAGCUCAGUGACCAUCACACACGCAUCAGGCAGAGAGUGACUGCCCUGGAGGACCAAAGCAGCAAUCUGGAGCAACAGGUCUACUCUCUUCAGAAGCGACCUCCGCCAGCCCCUGUUGCCAACACGGCCAUCACAGACCUGACCCCCGAGCUCAGGGAGGCCAUGGCCAAGUGGCUGAGGGAGAAUGUGCCCCAGAAUGAGCCGAGGGUCACGAAUGAGGCCGCGAGGGACUCUCCGUUGGCUGACCGGAUGCCAAACUUUGCCCUGGAGUCCCAAGGUGCCAGCCUUGUGAGCACGCGGUGUUCCGAGACCUACCGAAGCCGCUCUGCGUGUGUCAGCUUCCUGGGCAUACCCCUCUGGUACCCCUCGGAAAGCCCUCGCACUGUCAUCCAGGGACACCCGCUGCAGGCUGGGAGGUGCUGGCCGUUUCAAGGGGCGCAAGGCACGCUGGUCAUUGCCCUGUCACACCCCGCCUAUGUCACUCACGUCUCCUUGGAGCACCUGCCUGUCUUCAGGGCCCCCUCUGGACGCAUCGAUAGUGCCCCAAAGGCCUUCUCUGUCUAUGGAUUGUCCACUGAGACGGAAGAGGGAACACUCCUGGGAACCUUCACGUAUGACCAGAAUGGAGAUCCAGUGCAGACCUUCCAAAUGCCAAACCCUGCCGGCACUGUUUACGAGUACGUGGAGCUGCGCGUUCUGUCGAACUGGGGUCAUGUGGAGUACACGUGUGUCUACAGCUUCCGUGUGCACGGUCACAUGGCCCCCUCAGCAUGACUGGAUGCUCCGUCCACCUCAGCCAAGAGCAGGCUCCGGAGAGGCUUCGCUCGCAUACCAAAGCGUAUUUCUUUAGCAGAGCUAGAUAAGUGUUAAUAAAUGUAAUUUAUUUGGAACAAUCAGGGUGGUUAUCUGACCUGCCUCCGUGCAGGGUUAAAUGUAUUCAUUUUAGUUUUAUUCCUGGAAGAGGUGUUGGCCUAGUGCACGUUUUCCAAAAUGCAGUUUAGGAUUUCAUUCCGUGCACCGGCAGGCAGGAGUGAGUUGUUUAUUAUUAUUAUUAUUAUUAUUAUUAUUAUUUUUUUUUUUUUUUUUUUUUUUUUUUGAGUGGUUAAUUUUCUCCCAUUCUAAAUCCGCAACGUUCCGAUUAUGGCCUUGCCUCUAGCAGCAACUCCCUCGCAGGCCAGGAGUUGAAAGGAAAGGUGUGUCCUUUGAUGCAUGGCUACUCCCCCGGGCUUCGGAUCGAUUCUUGAUAUUAGUGACUCGACUUGAACUCGACCAUUGGUGACUGACUCGCUAGUUGCACUUGGAUUGUAUUGGGUGUGAUAAACAGAAUUAGUGACACUGGAUGUUUCCGAGCACAAGAUGGUCUCAAUAAAUUGUUGAGUGGCAAGGGAGUGUGGGCAGGCAGGCAUGUUUUGUUCUGGCUUAGAUCAUACACAUCGCGUAGGUGGAUCUCUUGCUUCCCCGUAGCUCACAAGUAACCUGCAUUCUCAGCAAAAACAGCCCUUACUGAUCAAACUUUUUUUCUUUUUCUUUUGUGCAUUGGUUGGUAGCGUUUGUCAACUAUGAAGCAUACUUCUUGAGCAAAAUCGACCAGAUGCCCUACUUUCACACAUGACCAUUAACCAUGUUCAUUGGUUUAGGCUAAACCUUGUUCAUUUAUGUAACCACAUUUUAGUGUUGUAUUUUAGAAAAUACAAUUUGUAUUGAUUACAUUUCUGUUAGAUCUCUUCAAGUUAGUUUCUGUUGACUGAAUACAUUGCAACAAAAGCUUUCUGUUUAUGGAAUGAGUACACCUCUGCAGUAGCCUAUAUGUGCAUUUUGCUGGCAACAGAGAAAGAAGAAUGAAUGGCAAACCAUUUUGAGCUGAUGUGGACCCAGUGCCUCGGGCAUGUGGUCCAGAAUUUGCACCAGGAAUCAGAAUUCUGCCAUAGAGAUUAGAGACAUCCAUUGUUGGCGUCAACUUUGAAUGAGUAUUGACUCAGACUUGGCUCUAAGAACUCAACCAGGGACUCGACUAGACCUCUGUAAUGUCAACUUUGAAUGAGUAUUGACGACUUUGCUCUAAGGACUCAACCAGGGACUUGACUAGACCUCUGUAAUGUCAACUUUGAAUGAGUAUUGACUCAGACUUUGCUCUAAGGACUCAACCAGGGACUUGACUAGACCUCUGUAAUGUCAACUUUCCAUCGUGGCAUACAGGAGCCCGGCAAGAGGUUGAAGUGUGACUGUGUUGAUAUGUGCACUUUUGAGCACAGAUUGUUGGUUUGCAUUGUAACCUCUGGCCACGAUGCACAAAUAUUUCUUAUUGUACUUUGAAUAUGUGUGUGAGUCGUUAUGCGGAUUUAGCACCUUUUGAGAAAUGUAACUUGGUCAAACAGCAUUUGAUUUCACUGCAUUUUAGCUUUAUGUCGUUAUGAGUAUAGGUCUUUCAUAAGAAAUUGUUCAAUUCAAAAAAGUGCCUGCCAUUUAAGUGGUAAAUACAAUAACAUGGUUGACAAUCUAAAAUCAGACAAAUAAUUGUGUACAAUUACAGAUAUAAUUGAAUGCUAGCUUCAGGAUUUGUUUUGUAACAUGUUGUCUAAAAACAUACUUUGUCAUUUCAUAAAAGGGUUGAGCCAUUAUCCUACAUUUGCUCAGUUUUUCACAAAUUCUUUACUUUUAUCAAUAUUUUCACCAUAUUAAAAUUAAUGUUCACUUCAAGUAUCAGGGCUCGACCUUAAUGAUCAACAGUGGACAAAAUUAAUCACAAAGAUAUUUUUUAAAUGCUUUACAGAGAUGAACGUGUCAAAAAUCUAGCAAAGACAAAGGCAUUCUUAGUGGAAAGACCCAGGAAACAAUACUAUCUGUAUUAGUGGACUCUAGUUAUUGUUUUCAUUUAUCUGACACACUUCUAUAAAGGUUAAAUCAUUUUUGAACAUUAGUUGUUUGAUUUAUAUGUUGGGUGUAUCAAGAAGUAUUGUCGCUAUUUUAUUACUCAAUGAGAAUUGGAUGAAUGUGCUGGUAAAAGAAAAUUUGGUUGGUCUGAACGAUCCACAUUCUUAACGCACCUUGCCACUUGCCUUCUUAUUGAAGGAUGCACUAUGAUUUUUCUUUAUGCCUGGUAGUUUGCAUUUGGUAAUUAGCUAGUACUGGUUAUACCACUUAAUACACAGAAAUGAAGUCAAACCGUGGGAGUUUAUUGGCUUUCUGUAGAAGUGUAGCUUUGUUUACAUGGCUUUUUUGUCUUUUUGCCUAAUUUGAAGUUGAAUAAUUUUCGAAUGUACUAUUUCUGUCAUGUUCAAUCAGUUUAAUAUUACAGGUACGUGCACUUAUUUGUUUUCUCCGUACCAAUUUUGCUGCAAUACUUGAAUCUCUUUCACCCCAAAAGUAAUAAGUUAAUUAUGAUUUUGUCACUCCAAAUCCCACACUUUCUACUUCUUCAUUGCAAAUAAGUAACCUAUCAUUGCUUUUUGAUUUUCUAAAAAACAUUUGGUAGGACAUUGUAUGCUACAGACAAAAGAGGACAUGUACAGUAUGAUUAGGUCAAAAUGUCAAUAUUUGUUUUAAUUUCAAGUUAAAUCUCAUAAUUAUCUUGGUCAAUUUCAGUUGACUAACUUCAUUGAAUUAGACAUGAAUGUAGCCAUAGGAAUUCAUUUCUGUUCCUGCACUGACAGGUAAUGCAUUAGUAAUACUGGUUGUGGUAUAUUCUUUUAAACUGCAUUUGUGUUAAUUAGUGCUCUUUGGAAGCUGGAUCAAUUGUGCUACAUCUUGAAAAGUAUUUCAAAAUGUGUAAAUAGAAAAAUAUUUUGAAAAGUCAGUGUUCAGUUGGCAUGAGAUGGUGGAAAUCAAACCGGAUGAGUAAAUGUUCUAAAUGUUAAAUAAAUGUUAAAAUAUUUUGUUACAUUGUGCUCAACUAUACACCUCCAAGGUGAACAUUAUACUCAUGUUGCUGGCUUAUGUAUUAGUCAUGUGCAUAUCAAACAUUUUUCAAUGGACAACUUGUUUUAAAUUUAAUACUCAGUCAUCUAACUUUGAACAUUCAGUUGUUUUGCUAUUGAUUGAGUUAUUGUUUUUACACAGUGUUCCUGACAAUUAUUGAAUUAUAUGAAGGAUUUUGAAAAUGUCAUUUUCUACUGAAUUUACAAUAAAGCUAAUUAACACAAGUUCUGUUGUGGUUCCAUCUGAAGGGAUGGAAUGAAAAAUCA